AUGAUCCUAGGUUUCGAUCUCGCUGAAAUUUCACUACCAUCAUAUAUGACUGGACAUGUCACUGGAAUGAUGUCCUACGGCUGUCAAAGUGAUUAUCCUUAUCGCACAUGGGUCGACCGUUAUGCUAAGUUGGGGCUUCAUCGUUACAAUAUGUUGGAGGGGACGAGAUUUGAGCUCGAUUCCUAA